CCAACACAGCCCUUGUUCUUAAAACAAAAAGACACCACUACCUGGCUAUUACGGUAAAACUGUUAUUUCUGAUGCUACAACUUUGUUUAAAUCCGAGGCCCUAGUUUUCCAAGUGCGGCAGAAUACUGUAUUUCUCCGCUCGCCAUCUUGAUGUUUGAUUGCACUGGCGGAAGCAACAUCUUCGGCGGCGCAGCAGCGGGUGUGGUUCGGACUUCUACGGGUGGUUCACCUAGCAGCCCUUCUCCUAUUUUCAAAAGAGAAAGGGGAUUUUUUUUCUCCUGACAAGAACCACGGAGGAGCCGCUCGAUUCUGGUAUAUCUGCUGUGCGGGCUGAGGGCAGGCAAGAACAAUGGCUACCCAGUGUAAGUAUGGAGAACUGAUCAUUUUCAAGAGUUUUGUUUUAAGAUCUCAGUAUAAAGUUACAUUUGAGAAAAGGAGAAGCAUGACCAGAUGUCACGGUAUCUUAAAUAAUUUGUUUUUAGCUUUUUCUUUCAUCUAGUUUUGUCUUUCAGUAAACUGAAUGCAUCUUAAGUUGGUAUGACGAGUAAUAUUAAAAUCACCAGCAAAGUACCCUAGAGUAUCACAUGUGUAGAGAGAGGGCUUUUUUUUUUUUUCUUUUUUUGGUUUCAGUUUAAAAAAAAAAAGUGUACUUGUCAAUUUCAUUUUUCCCCUCUUUGUUUUCUUACAACAAACAUCCAUAAAUAAGCUGAUUUGAUGGAGUUGGACAUGGCAAUAGGUGACAGCAAGGUUGUUGUAAGUCAGUGGCAGCAGCAGUCCUAUCUGGACUCAGGCAUUCAGUCUGGCGUCACAACCACAGCACCAUCCCUGAGCGGCAAAGGGAACCCAGAUGCUGAAGAGGAGGAUCCAACUCUUUAUGACUGGGAGUUCAACCAGCCUUUCACUCCAGAGGCUACAGACAUCGAGGGCUAUGCCAUGACCCGGGCCCAGCGUGUACGUGCUGCCAUGUUCCCUGAGACUUUGGAGGAGGGCAUCCAGAUCCCACCUACUCAGCUGGAUGCAGCCCAUCCAACUGCUGUGCAGCGUCUUGCAGAGCCAUCGCAAAUGCUAAAGCAUGCUGUAGUUAACCUCAUUAACUAUCAAGAUGAUGCUGAGCUGGCCACUCGUGCGAUCCCUGAGCUCACUAAACUGCUUAAUGAUGAGGACCAGGUUGUUGUGAAUAAAGCAGCUGUAAUGGUGCAUCAGUUGUCAAAGAAAGAGGCAUCUCGCCAUGCCCUUAUGCGUUCACCACAAAUGGUUUCAGCAGUUGUUCGCGCCAUGCAAAACAGUGGUGAUGUGGAGACUGCUCGUUGUUCUGCUGGCACCUUACACAACCUUUCCCACCAUCGAGAGGGUCUCCUUGCUAUCUUCAAGUCUGGAGGCAUCCCUGCCCUGGUCAAGAUGCUGAGUUCACCGGUGGACAGUGUUUUGUUCUAUGCUAUCACCACACUCCACAACCUGUUGUUGCAUCAGGAAGGGGCAAAAAUGGCAGUGCGCCUAGCUGGAGGAUUGCAGAAGAUGGUGGCACUGUUGUCCAACACUAAUGUCAAGUUCCUGGCAAUCACUACUGACUGCCUGCAGAUCUUGGCAUAUGGCAAUCAGGAAAGCAAGCUGAUCAUUCUGGCCAGCGGUGGUCCCCAGGCUCUGGUCAACAUCAUGCGGACUUUCACAUAUGAGAAACUGCUGUGGACCACAAGCAGAGUGCUCAAGGUUCUCUCAGUCUGCUCAAGCAACAAGCCUGCCAUUGUAGAGGCUGGAGGCAUGCAGGCUUUGGGGCUUCAUCUGACAGACCCCAGCCAGCGUCUGGUCCAGAACUGCCUCUGGACUCUGAGGAAUCUUUCAGAUGCUGCCACUAAACAGGAGGGGAUGGAAGGUCUCUUGGGCACUCUAGUCCAGCUGCUGGGCAGUGAUGACAUCAAUGUCGUAACAUGUGCUGCAGGCAUCCUCUCCAACCUGACCUGCAACAAUUAUAGUAACAAACUCAUGGUCUGUCAGGUUGGUGGCAUUGAGGCUUUGGUGCGAACAGUACUUCGAGCUGGUGACAGAGAGGACAUCACAGAGCCUGCGGUCUGUGCACUUCGUCACCUGACUUCCCGCCAUCAGGAUGCUGAGAUGGCCCAGAAUGCUGUUCGCCUUCACUAUGGCCUGCCUGUCGUGGUCAAAUUGCUGCACCCUCCAUCCCACUGGCCUUUAAUCAAGGCCACAGUUGGUCUGAUUCGCAACCUGGCUCUCUGCCCAGCCAACCACAGUGCUCUGCGGGAGCAAGGCGCUAUCCCUCGACUGGUGCAGCUGCUUGUCAGAGCUCAUCAGGACACCCAGAGGCGCACUAGCAUGGGAGGCAACCAGCAGCAGUUUGUGGAGGGUGUGCGCAUGGAGGAAAUAGUGGAAGGCUGCACAGGAGCUUUGCACAUCUUGGCCCGAGAUGUGCACAACAGAAUUGUCAUCAGAGGACUCAACACCAUUCCACUUUUUGUCCAGUUGCUUUAUUCUCCAGUGGAGAAUAUCCAGCGUGUGGCAGCAGGUGUGCUGUGUGAACUGGCCCAGGAUAAAGAAGCUGCUGAGGCAAUCGAAGCUGAAGGAGCCACUGCGCCUCUCACUGAGCUGCUGCACUCCCGUAAUGAGGGAGUCGCAACCUAUGCUGCAGCUGUCCUGUUCCGCAUGUCUGAGGAUAAGCCCCAGGACUACAAGAAACGCCUGUCUGUGGAGCUGACCAGCUCUUUGUUCAGAACUGAGCCUAUGGCCUGGAAUGACACCGGAGACCUGGGAUUGGAUAUAGGUGCACAGGGAGACCCUCUGGCUUAUAGGCAGGACGAUGCAGCCUACCGGGCUUACCCACCAGCUUACGGUCAGGACACCCUGUUAGACCCUAUGAUGGAAGGUGCCGACUACCAUGCUGACACUCUGCCUGACCUGGGUCACCACACUGAUCCAUUGCCAGACCUCGGCCACACCCAGGACCUAAUGGACAGCAACCAGCUGGCCUGGUUUGACACAGACCUGUAGAAUUGUUGUAUUCUGAUAGAACCUGCAUUGUGAUUGGCCUGUAUUUUCUGAAGCAGCAUUAUAAUUGGCCUGUAAAGUGUUAAAGGUAAAGAGGGGAGUAAGGGGUAUUAGAAAGUGCCUGACACAAGAAAACUAAGAUGGUUGCCACAGGAAUGUUAAAGCAAGUUGAAAGUGUGUGUGGGGGGGGGGAGAAGGGUUAAAGGAUCAGAUGUGGAAUCACUCAUUGGAGGUCUUGGAGCAGGUUACCAUUAUGGAUGAGUGCAACAGAGAUGGAUCUUAAAGUUUGAAACACAAUUGUUUUAGCCUUGCCUGUAUUAUCAGUUUUUGUUUUUUUUUUGUUUCCAUUUUUCUUAUACAUUUUUUAUUUCUUUUUUUUGUAUUACUCAUUCUGUUAUGGUACUGACCCAGCUUGCCUUCACUAGCCAUCUUCAUUUCCUUUUUAAUGCUAAUCAUUUGUAAUUUUUUUUUUUUUUUUUUAACGUAUAUUACAUGUAGUGUUAAGUUAUAGUGAUAUUAUACAAUGUUCCUUUGGUUUAUGGUCGAAUGUGUAGAACACUAAUAAUCAGUUGAAUUGUACUCUGACUUAAAGUGUAACAUUGUGUAGUUUUUUUUAUAAUCUCGAAAAUGGAGAAUUAUGCAUUCUUUAUGUGCUUGUUUAAGCAUAAAAUAUGUCGGUGUCACAAAUGUUCUAAAGAGGGAUGCGGGUGAAAUUGAGGGUGGGUUGGGGAUAAAUUUAGAGACAAGUGUUUUAUAUACAGUAUCACUGGUAGGUUAACAACUAUUUUGUAUGCUAUCAUUGGAUGUCUGAUAGAAAAGUUUAACGCUAUCGUUGGUGGUCUUAUAAAACCCGGUUUUAUGUGCUAUCAAAGGUAGCUAGGUUGAUGAACAGUUGUAGUCCUGCUGUGCUUAUUUUGGAGACGAGGUUGUGACACGGCUGAACAAUAAAAUGACAUUUUAUUUCAA